UCUCUUGUAGCUUUUAAAAUUCUCUCCUUAUUCUGUAUGUUGGGCAUCUUCAUUAUAAUGUGUCUAGGUGUGGAUCUCUUAUGAUUUUGCACAUUCGGCGUCCUGUAGGCUUCUAGGAUUUGGGAUUCUGUCUCAUUCUUCAAGUCUGGGAAAUUUUCUCGUAUUAUUUCAUUGAAUAGAUUGCUCAUUCCUUUGGUUUGAAACUCUAUCCCUUCCUGUAUCCCAAUGACUCUUAAAUUUGGUCUCUUGAUGUUAUCCCAUAUUUCUUGGAUGUUCUGCUCAUGGUUUCUUAACAGUCUUGCUAAGCUGUCUAUGUUCUUUUCAAGUUGAAAUAGUUUAUCUUCAUUGUCUGAUGUUCUAUAUUCUAAGUGUUCUACUCUGCUGGUAGUAUUCUCCAUUGAGUUUUUAAGUUGGUUUAUUGCUUCCUGCAUUUCUAGGAUUUCUGUUUGUUUGUUUUUUAUAACCUCUAUCUCCCUGUAUAGUUUAUCUUUUGCUUCUUGGAUUUGUUUAUGUAAUUCAUUGUUGAAGUGAUCUUUCAUUGUCUGAUUUUGCUGUCUGAUGUCUUCCUUGAGACUCCAGAUCAUCUGAAGCAUGUAUAUCCUGAAUUCUUUAUCUGACAUUCCAUUUGCUGCAGAUAUUACCUCUUCUAACGUUGAGUUCACCUGCAUUGCUUGUGGUCCUUUCUUUCCUUGUCUCUUCAUAGUGUUCGCGUUUCUUUCUGCUUGGUGAAACUGUUGUGCUAUUGAAUUUUCCCCCUAUAUAUUUAUAUUGGUCUUGUAUAGUUGCAAAGUCUCCCUCACAGGCGCGGGCGGCGGCUCUGUCCCUCUGCGGGCCGCUAGGCUUGUUCUGUCGGUGGUCGCAGUUCUGCCUACUUUGCAGGCGCAGGCAGCGGCACUGCCCCUCUGCGGGCCUCUGGGCCUGUUCUGCCGGUGGGUCGCAGGUCCGCCUACCUUGCAGGAGCGGGGGGGGGGGCGGCUCUACCCUUCCGCAGGCCGCUGGGCCUGUUCUGUCUGUCGGUUGCAGGUCUGGCCUGUGGUGAGCCGUGUUUGUAGACCGCUGCCGUCAUUAGAAGAUGGCGCCGGUCUCCGUUGUGGAUCUUGGUAAACAACUCCUUAUUUGGGAGAGUUGGCGUGCUGUCCCUCAAUACCCUAUGAGAAAACCCCGCGUGGCAGCUUUGGUUUGGACUUGAGUAAGCUUUAUUAGGCUGUGCUUGGGCGCUCGGCGGGGGGGUCGCUAGAAGAUGAUACAUGAAACAAGGCCUGAAUAAACUGCUGAAAGAAGAAUCCUGUGUCGUGUUUUCCCUUGCCGGCGAGGGGUCGCGACAAUUGGUGGCCCGGACGGGGAAUUAUAUUCCUCGAACCCAGGAUCCAGAACUUUCAGCAGUCAGGGUGGUGCACCGAUUUAAUGAUUCCAGAAAUACCUCUCAAAUCAUCGGACAGUACCUGGCCGGAAACUGGUCCAUGGAAGCAGAGAAGUUGAUCCAGACCCAACUGACACAAAUUGCCAUGUUGAACAACACUCGUGUGGACCCUGUGACAUUGGGCCAAUUUACGAAUUGGCUGUCUUCUUUUUCUUUCUUUAAGGAAUGGGUGGAAAUAAGCAUUUUUGGAGCAAUGUGUUGUUUUGGGGUUGUCCUUUGUCUGUGGCUUUUCUGUCGCCUAAGAGCUCGCCAUAGCCAAGAAAAGGCUAUGAUCGUCCAGGCUUUUGCAGCCCUAGAGAAUGGUAUCUCUCCACAAGCUUGGCUUGCGCAACUUAAGCAACAAUUUCCUGGGUUUUGGCCAUUGCACCCCAAGUUAUCUUUGACAUUGCACUGGGAUUGGCAUGCCCUCCUCUUCCUGCCUUCCCAGUUAUGGAAGGCCCAUGCACUCUGCAGGCCUUGUUGCCAUUGCACGCAGGUGGGCUUCCAUGCUGGUGCUGCACUUUAUGCUUUGGACCCUUCGUUUUCUCAGGGGCUGAGAGAUGGUGUUGCCACUUCCAACCUCAUAGUCACUGACUGGCUACCUGUAAAAUCCCCCUUCUUUUUCACCGUCAACACGAUGCAGGAUGCGAGGCAAGGCACUGCACUUGAGUGAUCCGAUCUCCGGACCUCAAGGGAAGCAUGUCCUAUUGCAUACGGGUUUGUCCCACGAAAAAAGGCGUUGGCUGAUAUGGUGUCAGAUCUAGGGAAGGCGCCUCCUUGGGACUGAGCCAUACAUUGCAGCCAUGUUUGCACAGUGGGAUAGGACCUCUACUUUCGCCUGCAUUGUUUUUUAAGAGAUAAGGGGGAACUGUGGUGAGCCGUGUUUGUAGACCGCUGCCGUCAUUAGAAGAUGGCGCCGGUCUCCAUUGUGGAUCUUGGUAAACAACUCCUUAUUUGGGAGAGUUGGCGUGCUGUCCCUCAAUACCCUAUGAGAAAACCCCGCGUGGCAGCUUUGGAUUGGACUUGAGUAAGCUUUAUUAGGCUGUGCUUGGGCGCUCGGCGGGGGGUCACUAGAAGAUGAUACAUGAAACAAGGCCUGAAUAAACUGCUGAAAGAAGAAUCCUGUGUCGUGUUUUCCCUUGCCGGCGAGGGGUCGCGACACUGGCCUGUUCUGUUGGUGGUCGCAGGUCCGCCUACCUUGCAGGCGCGUGGGGCAGCUCUGCCGGUGGGUCACAGGUCCACCUACCUUGCAGGGGGGGAGGGGGCGGCUCUGCCCCUCAGCAGGCCGCUGGGCCUGUUCUGCCGCUGGUCA